AUGAAGCUAGAUGCGACAGACGUGCGGUACAUCACGCCCGAAGAGUACCGCGUUUUAACAGCCGUGGAGAUGGGCUCCAAGAAUCACGAGGUUGUACCGACCACGCUCAUCGCACAGAUUUCGUCACUACGGCAUGCUGGCAUCAGUAAACUACUCUCAAAUUUACUGAAGCGACGCCUCGUGGCGCGUGUGCAGAAUAACGUGUAUGAUGGAUUUCGACUUACGUAUGGAGGGUACGACUAUCUUGCUGUUCGCGCAUUGAGCAAGCGAAAAUCCAUGUAUGCUGUCGGCAACCAGAUCGGCGUAGGCAAAGAGAGCGACAUCUACCUCGUAUCGAACGAGGAAGGCGAGUGUCGGGUGCUAAAAAUCCACCGCUUGGGUCGUAUCAGUUUCCGAAAAAUCAAGGAAAAGCGUGAUUACAUGGGAAAGCGAAAGAGUGCGAGCUGGAUGUACAUGAGCCGAUUGGCUGCGCAAAAGGAAUACGCGUUUAUGCAGAUCCUACAUGCGCAUGGGUUUCCAGUCCCCACGCCAUUAGACCAGACUCGGCAUACCGUGCUAAUGAGUUAUGAAGACGCAUACCCCUUACGGCAGAUUGCCGCACUCCCCAUUGAUCAAGUCCGGCACCUAUACUCGGCUCUCAUGGCGCUUAUUGUGCGCCUUGCACGGGCGGGGCUGAUACACGGCGACUUUAAUGAAUUCAACUUGCUUGUGAAAGAAAUUCGGGAUGAUGAAGACAACACUGAAGAGAACGACAUGAUUCCGAAGCAUCAACGUAUAGAGCGUGCAGAUCAAAGCGAUGCGGAAAACGAGUCAGAUUUCAGUGCCGAAGAUGCAAUUGUAGAGCACGGCAAGGGUUUUGCAAGAGUUGUGCAAGGACCCCCUAGAGCGAAUGACGAUGAAGAAAAAAAAGAUGCAGUUGAUGUGCCAAAGACGUACUCGGAUGAAGACGGAGACGAGGACGAGGAUGAGGACGAGGAUAUCAGCGACAUCUCAGUGGAUACGCAACAAGUAAUUGAUCUGGGUGAAGGCAUUCGUGUAGAGCCGGUGUUGAUUGACUUUCCUCAAAUGGUAAGCAUUGAGCACCCGAAUGCCGCCUACUUCUUCGAGCGUGAUGUUGACUGUGUUCGGCGCUUUUUCCGGAAACGUUUCCGCUUCGAAUCGGAGGAGUAUCCAACCUACUCGCAGGUUAUGGAAGCGAUGCGGGACGAAAAGGUUGACCGACUGGAUGCUCUCACACGUGCUAGUGGAUUUGGCAAAAGCUCAGACGCAGAUGCGAUCCUGGAGAUGCACCUCGCAAGUAUGCACAUUGCCGAGAGUGAGGCCGAAAAUAGUGGCGUCGAAUGGGAUGAGGGCCGUUCUGAUGGCGAUCGUACUCAUGACGAAGACGACGGUCAAGUUGAAGAAGAAGACGAAGAAGAGGAGGAGAGCGAUGAGGACGAUGUUGAUGACGAAGCGGAUGUCACUGUUGAUUCCGUUGGAGGUAUGGGUGCGAUAAAGAAAGGGAAAAUGGAAUCCAUAAGACGCAAACAUGACAUGCAGCCCGGCCAGGUGGACAUGUCGUAUGUUAGUUCACGCACAGCUGCGUCGCGUGCACAGGCACAGCGCCGAUCGUUCAAGCAUCAUGGACGCAAGUCGCAGGCGACCAAAAUAGGCCGGCGGCAUGGCGGUGGAAAAGCCAAGCAUAAUAAGGCCCGCAUCGUAGCUGAUUCACAGGUUAUUUAG